AUGCCUGAGAAGUCAGUGGAGUUAUAAGCAGCAGAAGGAAUUCUAUUAAUUUGUUUCUUCUGCUCACUUUCAAUUAUCAAGAUUAAAUACAAGGUUUAUUUUAAUCUUUGUCUUUUUAUCGCAUAAUUAUUAAUAGUAUUGAUUCAUUAUAAGGAUGGUGCCAUUGCAUAUUACACUAUUUUUUAAAGUUGCAUGAUGUUUAUAGUUCAAUAUCAUUUAUUUUUCUAGGAUUUAGGUACUUUCAAUAAUAAAAGAUCUUUAGAACUAAAAAAAUUAUAAACUUAAAAUCUAGUGAAGUAUCUAUUACCUACUCAUAUAUUAAAACAAUUCUUAUCUAAUAGUAAUUAAAGAAUGGUCUUAGUAGAUCAAUUUGAAGAAGCUACUCUAUUAUUUGCAGAUAUAGCUGGUUUCACUGAAUACUCAAGUAGAGUAGAACCUGAAUAAGUUGUGAAUAUGUUGAGGAAUUUAUUUACUGAAUUCGACAAAAUAUGUUUAACACAAAAUGCUUAUAAACUAUAUACAAUUGGAGAUUGUUAUGUUGCAUUCGGCAUUGUGGAUGUUACAUAAAGAAAUCCAGCUCAAGAAGCCAAAAAUGUUGUUGAAUUAGGAUUUAAAAUGAUAGAAAUUAUUAGAUAAGUGAGAUCAAUUAUCUAAUUUGAUGGAUUAGACAUGAGGAUUGGAAUACAUACAGUAUUUAUCAUAUUCAAUAUUAGGGUAAAGUGAUUGGAGGAAUCUUGGGAACUGAAAUUGUAAGAUAUGAUGUUUAUGGGGCUGAUGUUAUGAUUUCUAAUAAAAUGGAGUCUAAUGGAGAAAGAGGAAAAGUCUAAGUCUCUGAAGAAACUAAGUAAUUACUAGAACAAUCAUAUCCAGAUCAGUUUUUAUUUACAUUCAAUAAAGAAGUAGAAUUUAAAUCCAUCAGUCGAAAAACUUAAGGAUACUUUAUUGAUCCAAUAAAAAAUGAUAGCAAUCAAGAUUUUCAUGAUAUGAAUCACUUCUAAUUUGUAAACGAUCUAGAACAAUAUCAAAAUACUCCAUAAAAAUGA